AUGCUCAGCACCGUCAGAUUCUCGUCCCGUCUGGGAUUCCGUGCCAUUCGAUGGAACUCCACGACAGCAAACUCGCUGCCGCCAUUGAUGGCCAAAUUUCGCUCAGAUCUCAAAACAGCGAUGCGCGAGAAAGACAAACCGAGGCUGAACGUGCUACGAGCUCUGAUCUCCGAAACCAAUAACGCCGCCAAAACGUCGUCUCCUAUUCAAACCGACCUCCAACUGCUGUCGCUAAUUAAGAAAAAGGUUGCAGCGAGUAAGGACGCGUCCAGGCAAUUUGCGGAAGCUAACAGAGCAGACCUCAAAGAGACAGAGGAUUCGCAAAUAGCGGUGCUCGAAGAAUAUGCCGAUCAGGUCGAAACAAUCAGUCUCGAAGAAAUCAAGGCGACUGUUUCCAAUGCCAUUACACAACUGCAGAGAGAAGGAGGCAAGCUCAACCCCGGGCUUGUACUGAAAACUCUGCUUGCUCCUGGGGGCGCUUUGGAUGGAAAGCCGGCGGAUAAGUCAGAGGUUGCUCAGGUCGUCAAAGAACUGCUUCCCAAGAAUUAA